AUGAACGUCCAGUUGGGUUUGGAGAACGGCGGGGACAUGUCGGUCCAGGAACAGGAGCUCAUGCACAGCGACAGCCGGGCCUUGCACUCGGCUCUCCAGAGGCCAUCUUUGGUGGCUUCCGUCCUGGAAGGAAGUGACUACCACCGGGCCGAGCACGCUUUGGCCACCACGCUGCACCCCGGGCUGGGCUUCGGGGGAGACUCGCCCACCGCCGGGGCGGGCAACAGCUACACCACGCUGACCCCGCUGCAGCCCCUGCACGAGAAGUUCCACCAUCAGCACCAUCACCACCACCAUCACCAGUGUUUGCCGAUGGGCAACGUCAUUGGAAGCUUCACCCUCAUGAGGGAGGACCGGGGGCUGGGGGCCGGCGGGAACUUUUACAGCCCUUACCACAAGGACAUCGGCAUGGGCCAAAGCUUGUCCUCGCUGCCCAGCCCGCAACUGGCUCCCAUGCACAGCUACACGGGACACGCCACCGCCGGGCACUUGGCCAACGAGAAGAUGGUGAUCAGCAACGGCUUCGAUGCCCACUCGACCGCCAUGUUUGGCCGGAUGGACCAGCACUUCCCGCGGGAGAUGUCUCCCGCCCAGAACUCCACCAUGGCCUCCCCAAAUGCCAUGAGUCAAACCCCCUACGGCCACCCUCGGGUGGACAUGAACGCCCGGCCCAACCCGCCCAUUGCCACCCAGACCACCGUCCUCUCCAGCCAACUGGAGGAGAUCAACACCAAAGAGGUGGCCCAGCGGAUCAUCGCCGAGCUCAAGAGGUACAGCAUCCCACAGGCCAUCUUCGCCGAGCGAGUCCUCUGUAGGUCUCAGGGGACCUUGUCAGACCUCCUCAGGAAUCCCAAACCCUGGAGCAAACUCAAGUCCGGGAGGGAGACGUUCAAGAGGAUGUGGAGGUGGCUCCAGGAACCCGAAUUUCAGAGAAUGGCAGCUUUAAGGUUAGAAGCCUGCAAAAGGAAAGAGCAAGAUCAAAGCAAAGCCGACAGAAACCACGUCCCUAAGCGCCACCGGCUGGUCUUCACCGACAUCCAGCGCCGGACCCUCCACGCCAUCUUUCACGAGAACCAACGGCCUUCCAAAGACCUUCAAAUCACCAUCGCCCAGCAGCUGGGCCUGGAGCUGUCCACGGUUAGCAACUUCUUCAUGAACGCCCGGCGACGGAGCCUGGACAAGUGGAUGGAGGAGAGCCGCUCCCCAUCUUCAGGCAACCAUGCCAACGCCGCCUCGGCCGUCACCUGCACCAAAGCAUAG